CUCGGUCGUUGCUUGCCAAUCAUGCUGUCGCUACUGCUUCACUUGCUCUUCCUCCUCUUGGCCGUCGUCUCAGCCACGCCGUCGCAAUACUGCCUCUCUGGUCUUCCCCGCGAUGAAGUCGACUUCUGCAUGGCUGUGUCGCUCUAUCACAACCACUCGACGGAAGCCCACGAUGUCUACCUCUCAUUUGCCAUGAGGCGAUCGGCCAAUUCCAGUGGCUCUCACGCACUGGGAUGGACCGCCAUCGGCGCUGGCCCCCAGAUGGCCGGAUCCCUCAUGUUUGUCCUCUAUGGCGAUCCCGAAUCGUCCGACGGCGCCGACCCGACGCUCAGCGUGCGGACCGUCUCAAAGGGCCAUGCACUGCCUCAGCUCAUCGCCCAGAAUGAAGCUGCCAAGGACCUGGAUGUGCGCGUCUCAGAGACAAAAUGGACCAAGGCUGCCGACGGCGAGCUGUACGUGGCUUCGGCGUCCAUCGUCUGCUACGCCUGCUCCAAGUGGCAGGGCACGGAAAUCUCGCCUGAGGCGGUCUCGCAGCCGUGGAUCUGGGCGUGGAACAAGCAGCAGCGCAUGAGGGGCUUCCCGCCGGACCAGCAGCUGGAGAUGCACACGCUCCUUGACGGAUACGGCCAUUUCUACGUCGACAUGAAGGAGGCCACUUCGCACAAGGUCAGUGGACCUCCGGCCAUUGUCGACGCUGGCGAGGAUUCCAACAUUGGCACGUCUGAUCGCCCCAUGGAAGAGACAAAGACGGGGCUGUGGCAGAAGCUCAUGUCGCGGCCUCUGGCCCAUCUUCACGGCUUCUUCAUGAUGGCUGCCUUCUUGGUUCUGUUCCCCGCUGGAGCUGUGGCCAUCCGCUCAGGAUCAGACAAGUCGUUCCGGUUCCACUGGCUCAUUCAAAUCGCAGGCCUCGUUUCAGCUUUCAGCGGCGCAGUCCUCGCCAUCAUCAUGAGCGACAGCAUCUUUGCGUCGCCUCACCAGAUUGCCGGCCUGGUCAUCUUCUCGCUGCUGAUAGUCCAAGCCCUGCUCGGCUGGCGGCAUCACAUGGACUUCAUACGCAUCUUCCGCCGCACGUGGAUCUCCUACACGCACGUCUAUCUCGGCGCUGUGAUACUCCUGGCUGGCUGGGCCAACGUAAUAAGCGGUCUUGUGCUGUACGGCUUCAGCAAAUUCGGUACCAUCAUGAUGGGCCUCUUCAUCCUGCUUGAGCUGUUGGGCGUGGGCGCAUGGUCCUUCCUGGCGAGACGCCGCUCUCAGGCUAAGGAUUCGGGCUAUAAAGAGACACCGGAGUCAUCAGCGGCGUAUUUUGCUCUGGAUGAUAUCCCGGAGAGUGAUGAAGAGGAUGAUGUACCGGAAGACAGAGGGCUUAUGCAGAAGGGUGAUGAACGAAAUUAAUGAAUUGGCCACAGUCGGCUGUUUUUUGGAGUUUCCUUUCCUUUAC